AUGGCGCUUUUCCAUUUAGCCACGGCCAUAUGUGCAGUUGUCCAUUUCAUCUCCUUCCCAAAAUCCUCCGUCGCAACCGAUACACUUUCCCCGGACCAAACCCUUUCCCUUGGCCACACUUUGAUUUCUCAAAACCAAAUUUUCGAGCUCGGCUUUUUCACUCCUGGAAAAUCCACCAACAGAUUCCUGGGGAUAUGGUACAAAAGCACGCCAGAUGUUUGCGUUUGGGUCGCAAACAGGAACAGCCCCAUCGCGGGCUCUGAAAACAACGUAUUCUUAACCCUCGCCGGAAAUGGAACUUUGCUUAUCAGCCAAGCCGGAAACAUUAUCUGGUCGCCGAACCCAUCAGCCGUUGCUUCAAACCCUCUUUUGCAGCUCCUCAAUACUGGAAACCUGGUUCUUCUAGAAGCUUCCUCACGCAGCCACAUCUGGCAGAGCUUUGACCACCCCACCGACACCCGGCUUCCGGGAAUGAAGUUGGUAGACGAUGGCGACAAGUACCUGACGUCAUGGAGAAAUCCGGAGGAUCCUUCUCCUGGAGAAUACAUUUACAGAAUCGAAACCCAUGGCUUGUCUGAGAUGGUGGUUUACAGAGGGAAAGUGAAAACGUUCCGCACUGGGAAGUGGAACGGCCUCUACUUUUCCGGGGUCUUGCCAUUUCCUAAUCACGUAUUCAAUCCCGAACUGGUCUUCGUCCAACAGAGGCUUAUAUCUGUUGUCGAGCCAUAUGAUAGCUCGGUUUUCACCAGGGUAACACUGGACACAUCUGGUGUGAUCCAGCGCCUGACCAUGAAUUCCAGAAAAGAUAAGUGGAAUCCAGUUGUAUCGGCUCCUUUGGACCCUUGCGACGAGUACGGUCAGUGUGGGCCUAAUGGUUUCUGCAGGAUUGAUAAGCCGAUAAGGUGUGAAUGUUUCAAGGGUUUUUCCCCAAAGUUCUCAAAAGAAUGGGACCAUCAGGAUUGGUCUGGUGGGUGCACCAUAGAUAAGCCGUUGAGUUGUGAAGGUGGGGAUGGUUUUCUGGAGGUUAAAAAGGUGAAGUAUCCUGACAUGUUGAGUUUUCAAUUGAAUACGAGCAUGGGCUUGGGAGAUUGUAGAAGUGAGUGCUUGAGAAACUGUAAUUGCACAGCUUAUGCCAGUCCGUACUUAGAUAAUGGAGGGUAUGGCUGCUUGAUGUGGUUUGGGGAUCUCAUUGAUGUGAGAGAAUACCCUCCGGCUGAUGCCAAACAAAAUAUCUAUAUUCGGUUGCGGGCUUCAGAAGUAGAUUAUGGAUCUAGCUGGGAGCAGGUGCGGAAGGAGAAGGACAAGGAGAAGGAGAAGGCAAUGCCUACAAAGAUAAUACUAAUAUCAAUGGCUUUUGGAGUUUUUGUCUCUUGGUUUAUUAAUGGAGGUAUACUUUUAAUGGCACGAAUAAAGGGACAAGUUGGAAACAAAAAUGAAAACGAAUUGGAAUUACCUUUAUUCAAGUUGGAAACAAUUAUAACUGCAACAAACAAUUUUUCUAUAGAAAACAAGGUUGGAGAAGGAGGAUUUGGUCCUGUUUACAUGGGGAACCUGUCACGAGAGGAAAAAAUAGCUGUUAAAAGAUUGUCGAAUACUUCUAGUCAGGGGCUUGAAGAGUUCAAAAAUGAAGUUAUCUUGAUCGCUAAACUUCAACACAAAAACCUCGUUAGACUUUUGGGGUGUUGCAUUGAAAGAGACGAAAGGAUGCUAAUCUAUGAAUAUCUGCAGAAUAGAAGCCUGGAUUAUUUCAUAUUUGACUGGAAUCGAAGGAAACUUCUGACAUGGCCUAAGCGGUUUGAUAUUAUCAUCGGAAUAGCAAGGGGACUGCUUUAUCUUCAUCAUGAUUCCAGAUUAAAGGUUAUCCAUCGAGAUCUCAAAACGAGCAAUAUUUUACUGGACGGAAGUUUUAGUUCGAAAAUUUCAGAUUUUGGCAUCGCAAGAAGUUUUGGGGAGGAUCAGUUACUUGCUAAAACAAAAAGAGUUGUUGGAACCUAUGGAUAUAUGGCCCCGGAGUACGCAUUUGAUGGAAAAUUCUCUGUGAAGUCUGACGUCUUUAGCCUUGGAGUGGUGUUGUUAGAGAUUGUUAGUGGAAAAAAGAACAGGGCUAUCGAUGGUGAUCAUUAUUAUAGUCUUUUGGGUCAUGCAUGGUUGCUAUGGAAAGAAGACAGGAGCCUGGAGCUAAUGGAUGAAAGUUUGAAUGAUACAUGUAUUGAAACUGAAGUGAAGAGAUGCAUACAAGUCGGGUUGUUAUGCGUUCAGAAAUUUGCAGAAGAUAGGCCAACAAUGUCGUCUGUGAUUUUCAUGUUAUCAACUGAUGGUACAAUUUUGCCUGAACCCAAUGAGCCUGGGUUUUUUAUCCAUCCAAGUUCGAGUCCUGUAAGAAAUUGCACACCGCCAUGUGCGAUAUCCACGAGAAUGACAAUGACCAUCACCGAUUUGGAGGCUAGAUGA